AAGUGGGCAGAAACUGAACACUCUUCAUAGGCAUACCUGACUUUUAUAACUACAUAAUCGACUAGUAUACGUUAUUUGCAGCAGGUGAAAGUUCUCGGUGACUUCGCUCCGCUCAGAAGGGAAGAGGAAAUCGAACAUGGCUGACCAGGUUGACGUGCGAACGGACCAAGUUUUAUUUCAAACUCCUGAAAGUUAUCGGCCAAAAAUGAAAUGCUGGGCACCAACAAACUUGUAUUCACUUGGAGUUGAAGACUCCUAUAGGAGGUUUGAAACCAUUAUACGAACUGUUCAUCUCGACGAUUUUGUACAAGCCGUGGUGGAAAGUAAAAUAAUCCAAUGUCCCAUGACACAAAGCACGCACUUGUGGAAUUCCGAGCUAAUGGCAGCCUGGUUCGGAAUGCCUGUUUACGACCACAACUGGUAUGGCAAUGUAAGCUUUGUGGUAAACUUCAAUAGCUUCCUGAAUACUUUUAAUCAUUUUAAGACAUAUUUUGUGGAGGUUGCAGAAUAUCACACUCAAAAUGCAUCGAGACUAUUGUUCUCAAGCAAAUUUCAUAAUUUGAGGGAAUACAACCCUACAAUACCGGGAGGUCCGUGGUACAUGGAUUCGAACAAUGACCACUGGUUCCCCACAAGUGCCAGGUCGUACAAAAGCGAUUUUCCUUGUCCAAAUGGACACGCCCUAGAGUUCAUGCUUGAGUUAAACGAAGAUGAGGCCAAGAAGCUAUAUCACAUGUCAGCUAAGCAGGCUGCAGAUCAUUCUCAGGCAAACAUCCCAGGAUAUAUGAAAUGCAAGAAAUUUAGGUCAGGGGCAAUUUGGCAGAACUGCCCUUUUCCACUGUCCCCGGAACAGACCAUUGGCCAACUCAAUGAGUGGAAUGUGGCUAUACAGUGGGCCUAGGGAUAUUGAGAAUGUCCAUGGCAGAAGCACUCGCAAAAGUCUCCUGGCAAAUGAAUGCAUGUAGGGUAAAACUAGUAUUUUAUUCCAUGAUUUUCAUAUAUAUAUAUAUAUAUAUAUAUAUAUAUAUAUAUAUAUAUAUAUUAUAUAU